CAGAGGAAGCAGGAAGCUGCCAGUGCUGCUCUCAGCCCAGCUGCUGGGGCUCAGGGACAGCGAGAUGGAGUCCGUGGCCCUGUACAGCUUCCAGGCCACAGAGAGCGACGAGCUGGCCUUCAACAAGGGGGACACACUCAAGAUCCUGAACAUGGAAGAUGACCAGAACUGGUAUAAGGCUGAGCUCCGGGGUGUCGAGGGGUUUAUUCCCAAGAACUACAUCCGUGUCAAGCCCCACCCGUGGUACUUGGGCAGGAUUUCCAGGCAGCUGGCCGAAGAGAUUCUGAUGAAGCGAAACCACCUGGGAGCCUUCCUGAUCCGGGAGAGUGAGAGCUCCCCAGGGGAGUUCUCCAUCUCUGUGAACUACGGGGACCAGGUGCAGCACUUCAAGGUACUGCGUGAAGCCUCAGGAAAGUACUUCCUGUGGGAAGAGAAGUUCAACUCCCUCAAUGAGCUGGUCGACUUCUACCGCACCACCACUAUUGCCAAGAAGCGGCAGAUCUUCUUGCGGGAUGAGGAGCCCCUGCUCAAGUCGCCUGGGGCCUGCUUUGCCCAGGCCCAGUUUGACUUCUCAGCCCAAGACCCUUCACAGCUCAGCUUCCGCCGCGGUGACAUCAUCGAGGUCCUGGAGUCCUUGGACCCCCACUGGUGGCGGGGCCGGUACUGUGGGCGCAUUGGCUUCUUCCCGCGGAGCUAUGUCCAACCAGUGCAGCUCUGACCAGAGCAGGGCCCAGGAGGCAGAGUCAGCAGAUCAUCUGUCUACUGGACACUGAGCUCCAGAGAGAGGCCAUGGAUACCCCCUCUCCCUGGGUCCCAUGAGGCUCAGCCAAGGGCCUUGGAGUGAACUGUGGGCUUCCUAACUGCCAGGCCCAGCCUCUGCUGCUCCACGUGACUGGGAUAGCCCCAGUGGCUCACAGCCACCAUGAGGUUCAGUGCCUAUCAGGCAAGGGGAGCUCCUGGGGCUUCACACCAGCCUCUUUCUAUUGGUCACCAGCUUUGUGAUGUCUUAGGGUGGGCCGGCAGAGGCCCUGCCCACUUUAGCCAUCAAUGGCCCCAUAUUCAGCGAGGGCUCCUGGGUUCUACCCAUUGGCAGCUCAACCCAAGGAAAUAUUGCCUUGGUGGGUGGGUUCAUCUUGGAUUCACCACCCACUGGGCCUGCAUGCACCUCCCUCAGAAGGAUCCUCCAGGUAUUCUAGCUACUGGGGAGGUGGCUUAGGUAUAAGGGACUGGCAAGGGCACUGUACAUCUGUUGACCUGGUGUCACUGGACAGACUCCAGGUAGAGACUGACUUCUCAGCAGCCCCACAAUGACUUCAGGCUCCACUUGGGCAUCCAACACUCCGACUCUACUACAGAUAGUUUGGGGAGGAACCGGAGGCCCUGAGGCCCUGUGAAAGGAGCAGCAGUGGUGAAAAAAAUGGAGGCACCUGCUCCUCUCAAAAUGGACAAGCUCUGAGGGGCGGGCCCCAGAUGCAGCCACUUAGGAGGCUCACUGCACCCGCUCUUGUUUGUUCGGGCCCAAGUUGUGCCUAGACCCUUGGGAGUUUGGGGGAACUACAGGCCAGGUGGCAAAUUGGAAGCCAGAGCUGAAAUCUGAGGUCCGGCAACAUCUAGAAUGUGAUGGGCAGUCUGGGUGGGGCCCCAGCUUGAGAAAAGGCAGGGUGUCCACAUGGAAUGUACACCUAGUAGUGGGUCCUAAGCAACACCUGCCUAGAGCCUGGGCACCCUUGGGAGCAGGAAGCAUAAGGGAAACUUAAAAGGUCUUUGAAUGCCAGGCUGGUGGGGGGCGUGGUGAGCAGGGAGGGAGAGAGAAGAGGCUCCUGUGACGUUUGGGAGCAGGCAGGAUCAGGGAGGGGACCAAGGUGGUGGGGCAGGGGGGUGCUUCUUCCUCUGCCUAAGGCCUGGACUGAGACCCUUCAAGCCCUGAACUCCGGCAGGUUGUACUGCUCCUGACAUGGACCCACAUACUCAAA